AUGCGUAAGCGCGCCGGCUGCGACGGACCGCGCACAAGCGCAGCCGUGAGAAGCUACCCUUCGCUCAAAGUCAGGGGCUGCGAUGGCGCAGGAGGGGCCGAAAGGAUCUACCCCACACUCGAGGUCAGGGGCGGCUGUCGAGAGGAGCAACCAAACAUCCAAGGUAAGGAGCAGCGGCUUCGCUUUGCUGGAUCAGCCGCACAUAGAGAUGAAAUCCAGCGCAAAUUUGAUGCCCUUCGUAACAGCUGUACUGUGAUCACAGACUUGGAGGAGCAGCUAAACCAGCUGACAGAGGACAACGCCGAGCUCAACAACCAAAACUUCUACUUGUCUAAACAACUUGAUGAGGCCUCUGGUGCCAACGAUGAGAUCGUGCAGCUGCGAAGUGAAGUGGACCACCUCCGCCGCGAGAUCACCGAGAGGGAGAUGCAGCUCACUAGCCAGAAGCAAACGAUGGAGGCGCUGAAGACCACGUGCACAAUGCUGGAGGAGCAGGUCAUGGACCUGGAGGCCCUGAACGACGAGCUGCUGGAGAAGGAGCGGCAGUGGGAGGCCUGGAGGAGCGUCCUUGGUGACGAGAAGUCCCAGUUUGAGUGUCGGGUUCGAGAGUUGCAGAGGAUGCUGGACACCGAGAAGCAGAGCAGGGCGAGGGCCGACCAGCGGAUCACUGAGUCGCGCCAAGUGGUUGAGCUGGCAGUGAAGGAGCACAAGGCCGAGAUCCUGGCCUUGCAGCAGGCUCUCAAGGAGCAGAAGCUAAAGGCUGAGAGCCUCUCCGACAAGCUCAAUGACCUGGAGAAGAAGCACGCCAUGCUUGAAAUGAAUGCCCGAAGUUUACAACAGAAGCUGGAGACAGAACGAGAGCUCAAACAAAGGCUUCUGGAAGAGCAAGCCAAGUUACAGCAGCAGAUGGACCUGCAGAAGAAUCAUAUUUUCCGUCUGACUCAAGGGCUGCAAGAAGCUCUGGAUCGGGCUGAUCUGCUGAAGACAGAAAGGAGUGACCUGGAAUAUCAGCUGGAAAAUAUUCAGGUUCUCUAUUCUCAUGAGAAGGUGAAAAUGGAAGGCACUAUUUCCCAACAAACCAAACUCAUCGAUUUUCUGCAAGCCAAAAUGGACCAACCCGCCAAAAAGAAAAAGGGUUUAUUUAGUCGACGGAAAGAGGACCCUGCUUUGCCCACACAGGUUCCUCUGCAGUACAAUGAGCUGAAGGUGGCUCUGGAGAAGGAGAAAGCUCGCUGCGCGGAGCUCGAGGAAGCCCUGCAGAAGACGCGCAUCGAGCUCCGCUCCGCCCGGGAGGAAGCUGCCCACCGAAAAGCCGCGGACCACCCACACCCAUCUACGCCGGCUACCGCCAGGCAGCAGAUCGCCAUGUCCGCCAUUGUGCGGUCACCCGAGCACCAGCCCAGCGCCCUGAGCCUGCUCGCCCCACCGUCCAGCCGCAGGAAGGAGUCUUCCACCCCAGAGGAAUUCAGCCGGCGUCUUAAGGAGCGCAUGCACCACAACAUCCCUCACCGGUUCAACGUGGGAUUGAACAUGCGAGCCACGAAGUGCGCCGUGUGUCUGGAUACCGUGCACUUCGGACGCCAGGCAUCCAAGUGUCUCGAAUGUCAGGUCAUGUGCCAUCCCAAGUGCUCCACGUGCUUGCCAGCUACCUGUGGCCUGCCAGCCGAAUAUGCCACACACUUCACCGAGGCCUUCUGCCGUGACAAGAUGAACUCCCCGGGCCUUCAGUCCAAGGAACCCAGCAGCAGCUUGCACCUGGAAGGGUGGAUGAAGGUGCCCAGGAAUAACAAGCGAGGACAGCAAGGCUGGGACAGGAAGUACAUUGUCCUGGAGGGCUCCAAAGUCCUCAUUUAUGACAACGAAGCCAGAGAAGCUGGACAGAGGCCGGUGGAAGAAUUUGAGCUGUGCCUUCCCGACGGGGACGUGUCUAUUCAUGGCGCCGUUGGUGCUUCUGAACUUGCAAACACAGCCAAAGCAGAUGUCCCCUAUGUCCUGAAGAUGGAGUCUCACCCCCACACCACCUGCUGGCCCGGGAGGACCCUCUACUUGCUGGCUCCCAGCUUUCCCGACAAGCAGCGCUGGGUCACCGCCUUAGAGUCAGUUGUGGCAGGUGGGAGAGUGUCUAGGGAAAAGGCGGAAGCUGACGCUAAAUUGCUCGGAAACUCCCUGCUGAAACUGGAAGGUGAUGACCGUCUGGACAUGAACUGCACGCUGCCCUUCAGCGACCAGGUGGUGCUGGUGGGCACCGAGGAAGGGCUGUAUGCGCUGAAUGUCUUGAAGAACUCCCUCACCCACGUCCCAGGAAUUGGAGCAGUCUUCCAGAUUUACAUCAUCAAGGACCUGGAGAAGCUCCUCAUGAUCGCAGGAGAGGAGCGGGCCCUGUGUCUCGUGGAUGUGAAGAAGGUGAAGCAGUCCCUCGCGCAGUCUCACCUCCCCGCCCAGCCGGACAUCUCGCCCAACAUCUUUGAAGCGGUCAAGGGCUGCCACUUGUUUGCUGCUGGCAAGAUUGAGAGUGGGCUCUGCAUCUGUGCAGCCAUGCCCAGCAAAGUUGUCAUUCUCCGCUACAAUGAAAACCUCAGCAAGUACUGCAUUCGGAAAGAGAUCGAGACCUCGGAGCCCUGCAGCUGUAUCCACUUCACCAACUACAGUAUCCUCAUCGGAACCAAUAAAUUCUACGAAAUCGACAUGAAGCAGUACACGCUGGAGGAAUUCCUGGAUAAGAACGACCAUUCCUUGGCGCCUGCCGUGUUUGCCUCCUCUUCCAACAGUUUCCCCGUGUCCAUCAUGCAGGUGAACGGCGCGGGGCAGCGGGAGGAGUUCCUGCUGUGUUUCCACGAAUUCGGGGUGUUCGUGGAUUCUUAUGGAAGACGCAGCCGCACAGAUGAUCUCAAGUGGAGUCGCUUACCUCUGGCCUUUGCCUACAGAGAACCCUAUCUGUUUGUGACUCACUUCAACUCACUCGAAGUAAUUGAGAUCCAGGCCCGCUCCUCUCUGGGGACCCCCGCCCGCGCAUAUCUGGAAAUCCCCAACCCACGCUACCUGGGCCCUGCCAUCUCUUCAGGAGCCAUCUACCUGGCAUCCUCAUACCAGGAUAAGUUAAGGGUCAUCUGCUGCAAAGGAAACCUGGUGAAGGAGACCGGUACUGACCACCACCGUGGCCCGUCCACCUCCCGCAGCCCCAACAAGCGCGGCCCGCCGACCUACAACGAGCACAUCACCAAGCGCGUGGCCUCAAGCCCGGCGCCUCCCGAAGGCCCCAGCCACCCUCGAGAGCCAAGCACACCCCACCGCUACCGCGAGGGGCGGACUGAGCUGCGCAGGGACAAGUCUCCGGGCCGCCCCCUGGAGCGCGAGAAGUCCCCCGGCCGGAUGCUGAGCACGCGGAGGGAGCGCUCCCCCGGGCGGCUGUUUGAGGACAGCAGCAGGGGCCGGCUGCCCGUGGGGGCCGUGAGGACCCCGCUGUCCCAGGUCAACAAGGUCUGGGACCAGUCUUCAGUAUAAAUCUCAGCCAGAAAAACCAACUCCUCAUGUUGAUCUGCAGGAAAACACCAAACACUAUGGAACUCUGCUGAAGGGGACCCCAGCGCCCAUCUGCUCAGCCAGCCCCUGGCGCAGCUGGACCCAGGCCUGCCUCAGCACGGACUCCCUGCAGCCAGGAGGGGCAGGGGGCUGGGGCUCCUGGGAGCUGCCGGCACCUCCCUGCAGCCGCCCUCUUUGCACUUUGUUACUCUUUCAGAGCGUUCAUAAACUUUUGUACCUAGCUCUAGCCUGUACCAGUUCAUCACAGGAAACCAACCUGGGGCUAACUACAACUACAGCGUGGUUAGAAUCCUAAUUAAUAGCUACUUUAAGAUCUUAGGGUUGGUUGGGUAUUUUUGUUUCUUUUUUUUUUUUUUUAAAGACAACAGACUUCUUAAUAGAUUUGAAUAGCACCGUAUUUCCUGUUGCAGUCGUUCGUAGCGAGGUCACGCCAUCAGGUCUCUGCUACUGAAACGUACGUAGACGAGCCCCUGCUGUCGGCCAGCCUCCCGCCCUCGCCUCAGUCCGUCCUUGUCCAGUCUGUCCUCACAGGCGGCCCUGUCUCACCUGGGGCGACGUCUUAGCCAAAUGUUUACCGUCCUCAUUGCCUUUUAAGGCCUUGAUGACUUCCCCCCCCGCCCUCCCACCAGCUGAGAAUGUACAGAGGUCAUCAGGCCUUGCUUGGAGGCAGUGACUUGGGGCCAAGGGACCUCGAGGAGUUUUCCCUCCCUGCCCCUCAGCGUCACCCCUGGCCUGCUGUCCCUGCUUUCCACGUCGCUUUGGCCAGGAAAGCAUGUACUGGACUUGCUCUGAGCCCAGCCCCGAGAGGGCCCUGGGUCCAGGGGCACUCACAUCCUGUCCAUGACGGUGUGCUGUUCCCGCCUCCCUGGGGUGGGAAGAGAUGCCGGAGCUCUGCAUGGCGGUUCACUGCAUGCGCUGCCCCCCCGCCCCGACCUGGCUGCCCACCUUGGGUUGCUCUGCUGAUGCACUAGGUCCAUCCAUCCCAUAGCUCCCGCCAAACCGAGACCCUCUGGGACUUGCCAACUCACCGGCCACAAGCUGCAGUCUGUAGCACUGAACAAACGAAAACCAAACGCUCAAGCCUUACGACCAGAGAAGGAUUUCAGCAAACCACACCUCACACUUGCACAUCUCCCUGCCGACUCCCUCGCGGAUGACUGUGUUCACACACAACCCAGCAGGUUCUGCCCCACGAAAACUGUGACUCCCCCGACAAGCCUCUCCCUAGGGCUAGACUAAAACCAGGACGUUGGAGAAAGAAACCGCCCUCAACUCGCCCACCCUGGCUGGGCGGGGAAACCCUCCCUUAGGUGCCCCCUUUCUCUCCUCCGGCGGUGUGAGGUUCCUGGCAACUGGUUAAAGAACCAACCAGAGGCUUCGCUGUUGGCAAGCUAACUAGCGGCCUUAUUUCUGCCUUUAAUCUCCCACCAGGCCUCUCUUGCUUCUCCACGCCUCGAACUACCAAGGCACAUCCUAGGUAGGCUGACAGAUAGACCUGUUCCCACUGCAGCCAGUGAACAUGACCGCGUUUCAAUCCCCCGUCCAUGGUUCAGCUCACUUUCCAGAUUGCAACCUGGCCCGAGUCCCAGCUCCUUCCUGCUCGUCCCUUAACCGAAGUGCUUUCUUGUCUGAAAUGCCCACGGCCCUUCCUCCGUGUUGUCGCAUCCUUGGCCAGUGUCACACUGUCGUGUUCCGUGUGUCGCUCUGUCUUCGGGGUCAGAUGGCAUCCCUUCCCUUUUCCAGGGCAGAUCUGACUGAAUGUUUGCUGAAGAUUUUUUGUCUCUUGGUCCACAAGUAUUUGGAGAGGUCACUGGAAAUGGUGUUCAGUCUUGGCAUUUCAUUUAGGAUCUCCAUAAGAAAUGGGCUUCUUAGCCCUCAAAGUGUAUAUCGUGUGUCUCAUUUGUGAAAUGCUUCCUGCUAUAGAACUAGCUCAAAGACUGUACAUAUUUACAAGAAACUUUAUAUUCGUAAAAAAAAAAAAGGAAAUUGAAUUGGUUUCUACUUUUUUAUUGUAAAAGGUGCAUUUUUCAACUCUUACUUUCGGUUUCAACGGUGGUGGUUGUGGACAGCCAUCUUCACUGGAGGGUGGGGAGCUCCGUGUGGCCACCGAGAUGCCAGCAGGAAAUAUAGUUAAAACGAAACUGCAGUCAAAAGCUUAUUAGCAUAAGUAAGAUUCUAGGUCUCCAAAAGUACAGGCUUUUUCUUCAUUACCUUUUUUAUUCAGAAAGAGGAAAAGAUCACAAGAUCCACCUUGAAAGGAAUGAACUCUCUUGAAUAAAUAGUCAAAUAAAGCAAUGAUCUAAAAUGUU